GGGAUGCCAUAAACUGCACAGCUAUGUCUCAUCUUACAGUGCUUAUGCGAUUGUUGUGAUACUACUGGAGAUAUUUAAUUGACUUAGCUGCCCGGUUUGAGCCUGCAAUAACUGCAUCCAUGGCUAAGUCAAUGAGUCUGCUGUGGGGGUCUGGAUCCCCUCCCUGCUGGCGUGUUAUGAUCACCUUAGAAGAAAAGAUGCUGCAGGGUUACAAACACAAACUGCUGUCCUUUGAGAAAGACGAGCAUAAAUCUCAGGAAGUCUUGGAAAUCAACCCAAGGGGACAGCUGCCCACCUUCAAACAUGGGGACAACAUAGUGAAUGAGUCCAGUGCAGCAUGUUUAUACCUUGAGAAUCAGUUUAAAUCUCAGGGCACCAAGCUGAUUCCUGACACUCCUGCAGAGCAAGCUGUGAUGUACCAACGCAUGAUGGAGGGUCUCACCCUCACAGAAAAACUUAAUUUAGUUAUCUACUAUGAGUGGUUUGUCCCUGAAGAAGAGCGACAUGACUCUGCGGUGAAGAGGAACAAAGAGAAUCUGGUCGCUGAACUCAAACUCUGGGAAAACUACCUGCAGAUGGUGGCUGCAGGCUCAUACCUGGCGGGUGCCUUCUCUUUAGCCGAUGUGGUUGUCUUUCCAAACAUUGCUUAUGCGUUUCGUUUCGGGCUUUCUGUGGGACGUUACCCCAAACUGGCCAAAUAUUACAGUCUGCUGAAAGACAGACCCAGCAUUAAAUCCAGCUGGCCCUCACACUGGAUGGCCAGCCCACAGGGUUAUGAUGUCCUGAAAGACCUCUGAAGAACAAAAAUCAUUCCUUUCAUCUUUUUAUUUUACGCAUUCAACUUUAUGAAAUUGUAAGGUUAAUAAAAAUGUUUUUGAAACACAUUUAAAAAAUGCUAUUCUUAAUUUCUGAUGUC